UCUAUUCCUUACGUCUUCUCUGAACGAAAUGGGCCACUAUUCUCAUCAUUGCUCUGAUGACUUGGAUACAUUUUGGGAUGAGUUGAGUAAUACAUGUGUGCCAUGUCAUCAACAUAAUCUGAUCCGACCAGGGUACGAAUUUAGUCCAAACUGUGGCAGGCUUGACAAUGGGGGAACAGCGGAAAGACCGUUUCGACCGUGUGCCGCACAGACCUUCAAUAACGGGAGCUUCGUGAAAUGCCAACCCUGUUUUCGUUGCGCUCCAAAUCUUCAAAAGCUGUUCGAAUGCAACGCAACGACAGACACACACCGCUGUGUAGCAAGGGACCAGCCACGGUGUUGGAGUGGAGCCCUGAGUACCACGACUCAACGGGUGCAACGGUCAACAACGUUAAGGGUCCAAGUGUCAACAUCAAAUCCCACCACAGCCAAACACAUUGAUCCGACAUUACAUGUCAACCAUCAGACUGCGUAUAAGGAGAAUACCCACCAACGGUCACAGAGCAGUAAGACAACAGCAGCUGUCAAUGAAGAGAUUGCUCUGCUACAGUCAGAGACCAGGAGCCUAGAGGACAUUUUGAGUCCUGACCUCCAGUCGGCGCCACUGCAGACGGUUCUGGACAACCUGGAUGUUCUAGAGGAGCUUGUGAUCCUGCUGGACCCGGAGAGCCCUGGGGUGAAGAACACCAGCCACCUAGCAUCUCGCUGCUCAUUCCCCGCCACCUGGAUUACCUACACCUACUCCCUGAGGGAGAGCAAGAGCCCCCUGAGGGCCGUGCUGGAGGGGGUCACCACCAAGCACCCAGACUGGACUGUAGGACACCUGGCCAGGCUGCUGAGAGAGAUGGACCGCAACGACGCAGUGGCGGUGCUCACCAAGCUCAGCUUGCUUAAGGUGUUCUAGUCUGGGUGUGUUCUGUGUUGGGUCCGGAAGAGAUGGCUCCAUCCAGAUACAACCGCGAGUCUCUACCCCCUGCCAAGGCACUGAGAUGUAACAGGAGGGCCAGUAGGCGGCAUGCUUUUCUUGGGGACCCCAAAGCCCCAAGGCAGUGAUUGGGAGCACUGUUAUUUUGCAUUAGGGUUCAAGUAAGAUAUUUAACUGCGAUAACAUGGCACUUAUAACUUAAUGCAGGGAUGUUAACCCCGGUGUCCUGAAAAAGAAGAGCUGCACACUCUAGGAGCUCAGAUGCAAUAAUAUACUAACCUAAUAACCAAUGUUUUGACAGACAACCUGUCUUCAUCAGGGUAUAAUGACAAACACUGUGGGGUGACUAGUUUAUAUUGUGUCGAAGGACACACACACAAGUGUCUCUAAUCAUGACCGGGUGUGGCUUGAUAUCAUUUGUUUAUUUUCAGAUAUAAAUAGAACAUACAAAAAACAUGAAUGGAUAGCAUACAAUCAUAGAUAACAUUUUGCUACAUAGGCCUACAAACAUUUAUAAUGAAUAGCAAGAUCAAGGUAAUGGCUUCAGAUCAGUCUACGUUGAGACCGAGGGGAGCAAGGGUCUUUAAAGUAAAGAUCCAGGCAGCCUCUCGUUUUAACAAAUUGUCGAGGUCACCCCUCUCCUAGGGAGGGUGACGUGUUUGAUGCCGAUAUAACGUAGGUAUGAAAUCGAGUGUUCAUUUUUACCACAAGGACAAGUUCUAAGAUAAAUAACUGCCUUAGGGAAGCACGUGAUAACACCUUUAUUUGGGGGUGUUUAAAGGAUCUACAUUUGUAAGUGACAUUGUAUUGAGCGUAGCUGUUACACUUGUAGUUUCCAUCCGGUAGAGGUGCAAAUAGACAUUGUGCAGGAGUAUUUUGGGGUGGUAAAUCAGUUUACCAAUUGAUCAGAGAUUUCUGCCCUGUGAAAAUACGACCAAGGGAGGGUCCGAAAACACAUUACCGAUAGUGUCAGCGGAUCGUAGAAUGUGGCAAUGUUUGUGAACGAUUCCCUUAAUUUGUUCAGAGCAUUUUAAAUGAGGGGUAGUGAGGAUGCAAGAAUGCUGCUUUUUGCAAGACUGUCCUUGAAAGAGAUUAAGGGACAUUUUAAUGUUUGUGCCAUUCUUAUCUAAUUUCUGUGUUCUAUACACCAAUUUCUGUGUUCAUGCAAGUGGCUGACUGUACAAAUCACACCUAUGAGUAGCUGACAUUUGGCAGUAGGCCCAGACCGUGUUUUGAGAACAAACGAAAGAUCUCAGAUUCAAGGUAUCAGCUUAGAGAAAGAAGUCUCGUGAGGUGUUGGUCUGUCACGUUAUGAAACAGUAUUGGUCAGUCACAUGGAUGAAACAAAACGGUAAUGAUUAAUGAAUUAUGCCAAAUCAUGCAAAUAUAACUUGUCUGUGUAUAGCCGUAUAUAAGACAACGGUUGGGACUGCCCUGGCAGAGUUUUCUGACAGACAUGUGUACUAUAGUGCAUUGAGUUGGUUGGAACCUCUCCAGCACGCUGACAAAUAAACAAUUAUUCAUUUAA